UCUCUCUCUCUCUCUCUCUGAAGCAAUGUUUCUUGAGGCAGUUUCAGCUGUUUCUUUGAGGGCUAGUCUUGGACCCUUGUUGGGUUCGAGAACUAUCUCUUUAUCAUCUCCUAGUUUGAGUUCUUCUUCUUCGUCUUCUUUCUCUGUUGUGAAUGUUUUGCCCAGCCAACGCGGUGAGAGAUUCGUGGUUUCUGCUGCGUCGGAAAUUACAAAUAUGCCACUGACUGGUGUGGUGUUCAAGCCAUUUGAGGAGGUUAAGAAGGAGGAUUUUAUGGUCCCAAUUUCUCCCCAUGUUUCACUUGCUCGCCAGAGGUUCGCCGAUGAGAGUGAAGCAGCCAUCAAUGAGCAGAUCAAUGUGGAAUACAAUGUAUCCUAUGUAUAUCAUGCCAUGUAUGCGUACUUCGACAGGGACAAUGUUGCUCUUAAAGGCCUUGCUAAAUUUUUCAAGGAGUCAAGUGAAGAAGAAAGAGAACAUGCUGAGAAACUAAUGAAAUAUCAGAACAUAAGAGGAGGAAGAGUGAAACUGCACACUUUAAUGCCAACCCUGUCAGAAUUUGAUCAUGUUGAGAAGGGUGAUGCAUUGUAUGCAAUGGAACUGGCAUUGUCCUUGGAGAAAUUAACAAACGAAAAACUUCUGAGCUUGCACAGUGUGGCUGAUCGAAACAAUGACCCUCAGAUGGCAGAGUUUAUUGAAAGAGAAUUUCUAAGUGAGCAGGUUGAAGCCAUUAAGAAAAUAGCAGACUAUGUUACUCAACUGCGAUUGGUUGGAAAAGGGCAUGGGGUUUGGCAUUUUGAUCAGCUGCUCCUCCAUGAAGGUGAUGGUGCAUUUUGAAGGACCCUAGCCCCGGAAAAGAAAAUGGCAUCAAUCAGAUUCCAAAGUUGCUCUUUACUAUUGUAUAUUGUAUUUCCUGCGUAGUGCCUCUGAUGAUAUUACCUCUUAUAAUCCUCGGACAAGUGCAUCUCGCUGCUCAUGUUUUGUUAUAUGUUUUAGUCAAGACUUUAUUGUAAUGAGACAAUUUUGUUGCACCUGCAUGGAGAUGUCACUUUGGUGAGAAGCUCCUCCGUGAGGGUGAUCCAGCACAUAGAAGUCCCUGUAGUAUUUUUAUCGUCUACAUUAGAGUCUGUUCUAGUCUCGUUAUCUUGAAAAUGUAUGGAGUGAUCCUUGGAUAAAGAUGCAGAAGGGCUAGAAACUUGAAAUUAAGCGUUUUAAUGUUUAGACAAGUCUAUGAGCCCCAUUGUUUUCACAUAUGAUGAUAAUUUUAAGCUGAAAAGCUUGAUGGGUUUAUCGUGUGACUAUUAAAGGGGAGACUCUGAACAUAACAGACAUCUUGUUUGAAACUCAAACCUUGAUCAAUG